UCUAACCAAUUUCACGCCACUUUCGUCUCCCUCACUGUGCUACAACCUUUUUUUCUUUUACUUAUAGUAUUACUUUUCUCAUAUUCGUCAAAAACCACUACACAAGCUGGAAUAACAGCACGCCGCCUGUUUCGUUUCUUACAGUAACAUAUACAUAUAUAUAUAAAGCCGUGCAGAAAACCAGCAACGAACAACCAAACUUGUACGUACUUAGAUGGUUUUCAGUUUGGUCAAACACAGCGUCUGUGUUGCAUAGUUUCCUAUAAAUAUGGAUUCAUCUGUCUCUUUCACUUGUAACACGUUUUCCUCUGUUAUUGAAUGGAUUCAGUUAAUGUUUCGUCCACUUCGUCUUCUUCUCUGAAAUCGCGUUUCUUGGAACCUUCAAAUUCUGGGAUUUCGAGUAUUAAACAGUUUUCGUCGGUGAGUUUUAGUUCAAGUUCAAGUUCGCGUUCCAGUUUUAGUAGCGGAUCUCCAAGGAAAGAUACUUUGAUGGCGUCAUCUACCGAGAACUUCAAACCGAAGAUCGUCAAUGGCCCCGCUGGUUAUGUUCUUCAAGAUGUUCCUCAUUUAUCUGAUUAUAUUCCUGAUCUUCCUACAUAUUGCAAUCCACUGCAAGACAAUCCCGCGUACUCGGUUGUUAAGCAGUAUUUUGUUCAUGUGGAUGAUACCGUUCCACAAAAGAUUGUUGUUCACAAGAAUUCUCCUAGAGGAAUUCACUUCCGACGAGCUGGACCUCGUCAAAAGGUGUAUUUUGAGUCCGAUGAAGUUCAUGCUUGUAUUGUGACCUGUGGUGGUCUAUGCCCUGGACUAAACACGGUGAUUAGAGAGAUAGUGUGCGGCCUCUACCAUAUGUACGGAGUGAAGAAAGUGCUGGGAAUAGAUGGAGGAUAUAGAGGCUUCUAUGCUAAGAACACAAUUCCUUUAACACCCAAGGUCGUGAAUGACAUCCAUAAACGCGGUGGAACUGUUCUUGGUACUUCACGAGGUGGCCAUGAUACCGCCAAGAUAGUUGACAGCAUUCAGGAUCGAGGAAUCAAUCAGGUUUACAUAAUUGGAGGAGAUGGUACCCUGAAAGGAGCAUCUGUUAUAUAUGAGGAAGUUAGAAAACGUGGUCUCAAAGUUGCGGUUGUUGGAAUCCCCAAAACCAUUGAUAACGACAUUCCGGUUAUUGACAGGUCCUUUGGCUUUGACACUGCUGUUGAGGAGGCUCAACGUGCUAUUAAUGCAGCACAUGUUGAAGCAGAAAGUAUUGAAAAUGGUAUAGGAGUUGUGAAGUUGAUGGGUCGCUAUAGUGGGUUUAUUGCAAUGUAUGCUACUCUUGCAAGCCGUGAUGUCGAAUGUUGCCUAAUUCCUGAGUCACCCUUUUAUCUUGAAGGGGAGGGUGGACUUUUUGAAUAUAUUGAGAAACGAGUAAAAGAAGACGGACAUAUGGUUAUUGUGAUAGCGGAAGGUGCUGGACAGGACUUGGUUUCUGAGAGCACGAGUUCAAUGUCCCAGCAGGAUGCUUCAGGAAACAAAGCCCUCCAAGAUGUUGGGCUGUGGAUAUCACAGAAAAUUAAGGAUCAUUUUUCAAAGCAGAAAAAGAUGGUCAUAAACCUUAAAUAUAUUGAUCCUACUUACAUGAUUCGUGCUAUUCGAAGCAAUGCAUCUGAUAAUGUGUACUGCACACUUCUUGCUCAAAGUGCUGUACAUGGAGCCAUGGCAGGGUACACUGGCUAUACAAGCGGGCUCGUCAAUGGCAGACAAACUUAUAUACCCUUCUAUCGAAUCAAUGAAAAACAGAAUAAGGUUGUGAUUACUGAUAGGAUGUGGGCAAGGCUGCUGUCUUCAACAAAUCAGCCAAGCUUUUUGAGUCUGAAAGAUGUGAUUGAGGACAAGAAAGAGGAAGUGCCACAAACUCAAUUGUUGGAGGAUGACAUUAGUUGUGAUGAGAAUUUGGAGGUGAACAAAGAGAUUAGCUACAGUAUGUGAUUUGAAUGAGAUUGGUACUACAAAGCUUCGUAUAUUAAUCAAACAACUGUUUGGGCUGCGGUUAGGAUAGGCAGCUCCCUUGACGUUUCUCAUGUAAUGCGUGAAGAAGGGAAGUCAAAUAUUUGUAUGAACUAUGAAAUAUGAUUAAUUAUUAGAAUAUGCAGCUCCCUUGAAGUUUCUCAUGUAGUGGGCGAAGAAGGGAAGUCAAAUAUUUGUAUGAACUAUGAAAUAUGAUUAUAAGAAUAUCCUCAACUAUUUACUAUUUAGUAUUGGAUCAAGAUUCUCUCUACUUGAUCCAAUUAUGCAA